GUUGCUAUAAUUAAUAAAAAAAAAAAAAGGAUAUUUUAUCGAGAAAAAAUGCUGGAAGAUUUUGUCGAAAUCUCUUCAUUGAUUCAUUCUCUUUCUUUCUGCUUCAUCUUCUUCUCCUUCCUUUCACCUGAAAAUUCUUCAUCUCACUCUCACUUCCUUCUCUAACUAAUUUGAUCACCUUCCAACACGUUUCACAGGAGUUUCAGCAUUGUACAUUGAUCGAUUCAAUUUUGCAAAACACAACUAUCCUAAAAAUUUCACAACUUCGCGUCGUUAGCCUUCGAAUUACGACUUGGGCUGUUCCAAAAUCGGAUUAUUGGUGUAGUGAGGGGCAGAGAUUUCUCCAAUUCGGGUCUCUAAUUUUGUGAAUUUCGUUCAACAUUUGGUGUUGCUGGGGUGAAAUUAGGGUUUGCGACAACCAGAAUUGGGGGGAAGAAGGAGAUCUCGGGUUUAGGUCAACGGAAUUUGAGCUUCCAACGAUGAUCGGGUUAUUAGUUUACUAAAAUAAAAUCGACGGUUUGGAUCUGAUCGGAGGAGAGACAGCGCCACGGGAUGGCGCUGUUCCGUCGCUUCUUCUACAAGAAGCCUCCCGAUCACCUUCUCGAGAUCUCCGAGCGUCUCUAUGUUUUUGACUGCUGUUUCUCCAGCGAUGUUAUGGGAGAGGAUGAGUACAAACUCUACUUGGGCGGCAUCGUCGCUCAGCUACAGGAUCAUUUCCCUGACGCCUCUUUCAUGGUGUUCAACUUCAGAGAAGGAGACCAGCGGAGCCAAAUAUCAGACGUGCUGUCUCAGUACGACAUGACGGUUAUGGACUAUCCCCGGCACUACGAGAGCUGUCCGCUUCUACCUCUCGAGAUGAUCCAUCACUUUUUAAAAUCCAGCGAGAGCUGGUUAUCGCUGGAAGGUCAACAGAACGUUCUGUUGAUGCAUUGCGAAAGAGGCGGCUGGCCUGUUCUCGCCUUCAUGUUAUCAGGGCUGUUGCUGUACAGAAAGCAGUAUCAGGGCGAGGUGAAGACUCUUGAGAUGGUGCACAAACAAGCUCCCAAGGAGCUUCUCCAUCUGCUGUCUCCUCUAAACCCGCAGCCUUCUCAGCUCAGAUAUCUUCAGUACAUCUCUAGAAGAGAUCUAGGAUCUGAUUGGCCUCCUUCGGAGACGCCUCUUCUUCUGGAUUGUUUGAUUCUCAGAGAUCUACCACGUUUUGAAGGGAGGGAAGGCUGCAGACCGAUUGUGAGGGUUUAUGGUCAGGACCCUAAAGCCAAAGCCAACAGGAGUUCUGUAGUUCUGUUUUCCACACCGAAGACAAAGAAACACACUCGCCUUUACCAGCAGGAAGAGUGUAUCCUGGUGAAGUUAGAUAUCCAGUGUCGUGUUCAAGGGGAUGUUGUUCUGGAAUGUAUACACUUGCACGAUGAUUUGGUUCAUGAGGAGAUGGUCUUUAGAAUCAUGUUCCACACGGCGUUUGUGCGUGCUAAUAUUUUUAUUGUGCAACGCGAAGAGAUGGAUAUACUUUGGGACGCCAAGAACCAGUUCCCAAAGGAAUUUAAGGCAGAGGUACUUUUUUCUGGUGCUGACUCUGUGGUGCCUGCUAUCGCAACAUCUCCAGUGUCAGAUGAUGAUGAGAACGAUUUUGAUAUGGCUUCACCUGAAGAGUUUUAUGAGGUGGAGGAGAUUUUUAGCGAUGCGGUUGAUGGGCAUGAGUUGAAGAGAGGAGACUCAGAUGGUUUUGUGGUUGUUGAUAGUGCUUCAGAUGAUUCUGAGGGUAAAGAGGUGUGGAAGGGGGAUGUAGAACCCAAUGCGUUUCUAGAUUGUGCAUCUGAUGAUUCAAAUCAUAAACAUGAGGCUAGCGCAGAUCCGGUUAAAGAUAUCACUGUUGAUGAUGUACAGUAUAGGUCAGAUGGGACUAGUAUUGACUCAGUGAAGGAUAUAGGAAUAGACGAUGGUGAUGACCAGCGAAAGAGAAGGACCAUGGAAGCAAAGGAAAAUGAUUCUAGAACAGCAGAGAAAGCACAAGCUAAACCAAGGAAACAGGUGGGAGCAAAUGCAAAACUGGCUGGAGAUGCAUUGAAACCAAAGUCUAAUGUAAGAAUGGCUAAGCCUAAUGCAGUUUCUCGAUGGAUUCCUUCAAACAAGGGAUCGUAUAAAGACUCUAUGCAUGUGGCGUACCCACAUACGAGGAUUAACAGUGCUCCAGCUUCGAUUACUACUUCUCUCAAGGAUGGUAAAAGAGCUACAUCACCUGAUGGGGUGGUUACAAAGGAUGCUAAGAGUAAAAAUCUGAGAGCGUCUGUUUCUUCACCAGAUGUCAGGAGUCGAGCUCCAAGUUGCUUAUCACCAGAGUUUAGCCCAAAGGAAAAGCCACCUUCUCUGCCUGCCUCUCCACAUUAUGCGCCUCCACCACCUCAGCAUUCACCUUCACCGCCAGAGCUACCUUCUCUAACCAGUGAGGCUGCAUCACUUCCUCCGCCUCCACCUCCACCGCCUACUUACUCUUCACGGAGCCAAAAUGACAGCUACUCUCAAAAAUCUCAGAUCCCACCACCACCGCCACCUCCUCCAUUUGCAUCUAAGAGACCAAACAGUGGAACCAUGUUGCCUCCACCACCACCUCCUCCUCCUUUGGCAUCUGAGAAACCAAAAACUGGAACCGUGUUGCCUCCACUGCCACUGUCUCCACCUUGGAAGUCUGUGUAUGCCUCAGCUUUGGCAACUCCUACGACACGUUCUACUUCGGGCCAAACUAGUAGCCAAUCUCAAACAUCUCAGCUCCCAUUGCCACCACCUCCUCCACCACCACCUCCUUUUGCGUCUGUUAGGCGAAACAGUGAAACCAUGUUGCCCCCUCCACCACCUCCUCCACCGUGGAAGUCUGUGUAUACUUCAACUCUUGAAACUCAUGAGGCAUGCUCUACAUCUUACAAUUUUCCACCCCCACCACCACCUCCUCCUCCUUUUGGCUCAUCAAAUGCACCAAAAGAAAACGGAGAUCACGUUACUCCUUCCCCGCUGCCUUAUUUGAGUAUUGCACCUUCGCCAUCACCGAAGUCCUCUCCUAUCAACGGCUUUUCUGCUCCUCCACCUCCUUUUAGUAAAGCACAUUCAGUGCCUGUCCCUCCACCUCCGCCACCGAGUUAUGGAUCUUCAACCCCACCUCCUCCUCAACCACCGAGUUAUGGAACUCCUCCUCCACCACCCCCUCCUUUUGGUAAAACUUCACCUCUGCCACCACCACCACCACCUCCUCCAUCUGGAUCUAGUGGUCCUCCGCCACCACCUCCUCCUCCAUUUGGAUCUAGUUGUCCUCCGCCACCACCUCCUCCUCCAUUUAGAUCUCGGGGACCACCGCCUCCACCAAUGGGUGCUCCACCUCCACCACCUCCUCCGAUGCAUGGCAGAGCCCCACCGCCACCACCUCCUCCAGGAGCCCCACCGCCACCACCUCCUCCAAUGCGUGGAGGAGCCCCACCGCCACCACCACCUCCUGGUGGUAGAGUUCCUGGGGGACCGCCGCCUCCACCACCUCCAGGCGGCCGUGCUCCUGGUCCACCUCCCCCUCCUGGACCAAGACCUCCAGGUGGUGGACCUCCUCCGCCUCCUGGACCAAGACCUCCUGGUGGUGGACCUCCAGAUCUUAAGGGUGCAGGAAGAGGGCGUGGUCUUUCACGUCCAGGUUUGGGGUCUUCAGCUCAAAAAAAGUCUUCCCUGAAGCCACUACACUGGGUUAAAGUAACAAGGGCCUUGCAGGGAAGCUUAUGGGACGAGUUACAGAGACAAGGACAAACUGCACCAGAGUUUGAUGUAUCAGAAAUAGAGACCCUUUUCUCUGCUAUAGUGCCAAAACCGGUUGAUAAAUCUCGAAAAAAAUCAGUUGGAGCAAAGCCUGAAAAAGUUCAACUGAUUGACCUUAGGAGAGCCAAUAACACGGAGAUUAUGCUUACGAAAGUAAAGAUGCCACUGCCUGAUAUGAUGGCUGCAGUUCUGGCAAUGGAUGAUACUGUACUAGAUAGUGAUCAAAUAGAGAAUCUUAUAAAGUUUUGUCCAACCAAGGAAGAGAUGGAACUUCUAAAGAACUACACUGGUGACAAGGCAGUCUUGGGAAAGUGUGAGCAGUACUUCCUAGAGCUGAUGAAGGUGCCACGAGUAGAAUCGAAGAUGAGGGUGUUUUCCUUCAAGAUUCAGUUUGGCACUCAGAUAACAGAGUUCAAAAAAAGUUUAACUGCGGUAAACUCUGCGUGUGAGGAGGUUCGUACUUCACCAAAGCUGAAAGAAAUUAUGAAAAAGAUUCUUUACCUUGGGAACACAUUGAACCAAGGAACUGCGAGAGGCGCUGCAGUGGGAUUCAAAUUGGACAGUUUAUUAAAAUUAAGCGACACACGUGCUGCUAACAGCAAGAUGACUCUCAUGCACUAUCUUUGCAAGGUCCUUGCUUCCCAGGGAUCAGAUCUACUGGACUUCCCUAAGGAUCUUGAGAGUCUUGAAUCAGCUUCAAAGAUACAAUUGAAAUCGCUGGCUGAGGAAAUGCAAGCUAUAAUCAAAGGGUUGGAGAAACUCAACCAGGAGCUCAAUGCAUCCGAAAGUGAUGGUCCAGUUUCAGAAGUUUUCCGCAAAACAUUGAAGGACUUUAUCUCUGUUGCAACGACUGAGACAGCAGCUGUAACGAGUCUUUACUCGGUCGUGGGAAACAAUGCUGAUGCACUUGCGCACUAUUUUGGCGAGGAUCCUAAGCGUUGUCCAUUUGAACAAGUUACCGCGACCUUAUUAAAUUUCAUAAGGCUGUUUAAGAAGGCACACGAAGAGAACAUCAAGCAAGAGGAAUUGGAGAGGAAGAAAGCCGCAAAGGAAGCGGAGAUGGAGAAGGAGAAGGCGAAAGGAGUCAAUCUGACAAAAACAGCAGAUGAUGAUGAUAGCUGACACCAAAAACUCAAAUCCUAGUUUUGCAAAAUCCGACUUAGUUUCUCAAGUGAACCGAAGAAAGGUGGCUAUCGAUGCCAGAUGAGGUUACGGUGCUGUUCAUGUAACCUUACCACAGAAUGGUACAGGGCGGUUUGUUGGGUUAAAAAACACGAUGGAGUCAUAUAAUGGGCGCCAGGGCGGGGCUAUCGAGGGAACUAUUAGAAGAUUAGAAGCAGGUCUUUGCUCCACUCUCGCGUUAACACGACUGACACCACAAUGGUUAUUUCUAACUUGUAAAUUAGAAUUAUUUGCUAUUUGAGAGGAAGUUUUGAUAGAUUGAAAUGUUGUAUAGGUUUCAGGUAGAGAGAGAGAGAUAGAGAGAGUGAGGUGUAUUAGUGUGUAACUUUGUACCACGAUAUCAAUGUUCUGUAACUACCUUUGAAAGCACAUGAGACCAAGCUCAAGACAUCUGAUAAAUAACAAGGACCUACUAGCUU